CUCCUCUUGGUAGUGUGCAGCAAGUUGUCGACAGCAGGGACGACAGCGGGGCCCGCUCGGAUGGAGCGAGCGAGCAGCCAAGCAAGGAAGCUGGAGCGACUGCACACGGUGUCUCUUGAAAGCGGUGACGUCACUUCCCCAUCAUCCUGCCGCAGACCAGGAGACCUCGCCUUUCGCUCUGCGUCGUCUGCCGCCGCUUCACAAGCCAGAACCAGAACCGCGACCAGAAUCAGCCAUGCCAGAAAGCAGCAAAAGUCACGUGAUCCUGCUAUCGUGCGGCAGCUUCAAUCCCAUCACCAAGGGACACAUCCAUAUGUUCGAAAAGGCAAGGGAGCACCUGCACAAAAGCGGCCGUUUCAUCGUGAUCGGAGGGAUCAUUUCGCCGGUGCACGACUCGUAUGGGAAAGCUGGCCUGGUGUCCAGCAGGCAUCGUCUGACCAUGUGUCAGCUGGCCGUGCAGUCGUCUGAUUGGAUCAGGGUCGACCCUUGGGAGUGUUACCAGGAGACUUGGCAGCCCACCUGCAGCGUCCUGGAGCAUCACCGAGAUCUGAUGAAGCGAGUGACGGGUUGCAUUCUGUCCAACGUCAACACGCCGUCGUCCACGCCCGUCAUCGGUCAACCGCAGACGCGGACUCCGCCCCUUUACCAGAACCGCAACAACCUGAACCGCCAGGCCACUUCGGUGAAACUUUGGGGGAAGCUGAGCGAGAGUUUGGGCAAAGUGUGCUGCGUGCGUCCUCACAUGGAACGCUUCACCUUCAUCGAUGAAAACGCCAACUUGGGACCCAGCCUGACGUAUGAGGAGAUCGAGUUGCGCAUCUUGCUCCUGUGUGGAAGUGACCUCCUAGAAUCCUUCUGCAUCCCUGGCCUGUGGAAGGACAGUGAUAUGGAGGUGAUCGUGGGCGACUUCGGCCUGGUGGUGGUUCCUCGUGACGGCGCCAAAACAGAGCGCAUCAUGAAGCAGUCGCCGGUGCUGCGCAAACACCAGGACAACAUUGUGGUGGUCGAGGACAACGGCGAGCAUCCCAUGGCGCAGGUCAGCUCCACCAAGAGCAGGCUGGCGCUGCAGCACGGCGACGGACACGUGGUGGACUACCUGUGUCAGCCCGUCAUCGACUACAUCCUCAACACGCAGCUCUACAUCAAGGCCUCGGGAUAGAGACUGCUGCAGCCGUGUGCUAGCCGGCGCCCGCUAACACGUCUCCCCGCCGACCGCGCCACUUGGGCCAUUUCCACACCCACCCGCAUCGCACCGGAGACUCCAAAACAUUUUAGGCCCCCCGUGUCCUUUGACGCAUUCACCAACUUUUCUGCAUGUUCUCCACACCAGAGGCAGCGUGGGCUAGACUGGGUGACAAAUAGGAGUGAAGGCAACACCACAUUGUGCACUUAAAUCGUAACGCGGUCAACCCAACCAUAUGAUAUGAAUCGGUCUGAGGAAAGUUCACGCUAAUGUUGAACGCAAAAGCCCAGGACCAGGCUAAGCAAAAAGCUCCAAAACAAAGUCCGGGCAGAUUGAAACCACUCAGGUCGUGGUAAUACACAAAGUUCAGUCCGCUGAAAUAUUCCCAUUUGGUUUGAAAUUUGAGGCUCAGCUAACACAAACGGAGCGGGCGAACCUCCAAACAGGGCAUUUAAAUAACAGACUUGGAACUCAAGAGCUUCUUCGCUCUUAAUUACGCUGCAUGUCUUGGAAUAGAGCUCAUCGCUGCCCCCACGUGUUGUGGCACGACCUGGUAUUGCACUUAACACAUUGCCCGCUGACUUCAAUUCAUGUUCACUUUGCUCCUUUCGGGAGACAUGUUGUGGUUUUCCUUCCCGGCCUGGUCUCAAGGCCACGCUUAUUUGGACACCAUUGAGAGCCUUUUGUUGUUUGUUUUUACAGUCAGCGUAAAAGUGUAGAAUUUCAGGAGUGGCUCUGCCUUCAUCCCUACCGCUCGAGUGACAGCGAGCCUUUUCCAGUCUGCUCCACUGGGGGGUAAUUUUGGGCAAGAAUGCGUUUUUCCAAAACAGGGUGGAAGCGAAGGGUUGGUUUUUGAAAGCGAAGCGUGCUUGUCCGUGUUGGUGUUGAGCGUGCAGCAUGUUGACACUCCGCUUGUGCUUGUGGCAUGACUUUGAUGGAUUUAUUAAACUUCAAGA